CUGCAGCAUGGCCAUGUGGGAUUACUGUUACUUAUUCCACAUACAUGUAUCAACACUGUUCACAUAUCACUUGUGCAGAUGGGGCCAAAGACAGUAUGACCUCACAGAUUCCAGUGCCAAAGCCUUCAUAUUCCCAGGUUAGGGAAACCCUGGUAAAGACUAUUCCGCCAAAGGUAAUCUGCUUGCUAGCCUGUGGGGGAAGAGACUGUCGCUAUGAGGGGCCGCUGUGCUGGCGACCAAGUCAACAGGCCAUUAAGGGGGUCUUCUCUAGCUGGGUGACUGAUGAUAUCGUUGCCAUGGCAAGACCUUCUACCAACCUCAUUGAGACGUACAACAUAAUAGACCAGUUUAAAAAGUUGAACAUUAAGUCCAUCAUUAACAUGCAGCUGCCAGGCGAGCACGCUCACUGCGGUCCUGAUCUGGAUCCUAACAGUGGCUUCACCUACUCCCCUCAGAUCUUCAUAGAGAAUCAGAGUCAGUCUUUCAUACACACGCUUUUUCCGAUCAUGUUUUAUGUGCUCUACUUAAUGCGAUCUUCAUCCUGUUCAGUUUACUUCUACAACUUUGGCAUGGCCGAUUUUGGCGUGUCGUCUCUGGAGGGGAUUCUGAAUGCAGUGAAGGUUUUGUCCUUCUCUGUGCAGGAGGGUAAAGUCGCUGUGCACUGUCACGCCGGACUAGGCAGAACAGGAGUGCUGAUUGCAUGCUACUUGAUCUACACAUUAAGGAUCAGUGCUAGCGAGGCUGUUCACUACGUACGGAUAAAGAGGCCUUGCUCGAUUCAGACCCGCGCCCAGAUCAACCUGGUGUUUGAAUUCGCGCUGCUCCUGGGCCCCCAGCUGGUGCAGUACCCGACGCUGAACAUGCGGCAUGGCGCUCCAUUCAGUAUGAAGCAGUAUCUUCAACGCCAGGCCAUACUCUUACAUGGUGAAGAGGCCCGUUCCCUUGCACACACACCAAAGAUCUUACAUUUUCUCUGCAGCCUGCUGACAGCCCUCAGUCAGGGAACAUCCAGUCCUCCAGAAAUUCAGCAGGAACUAGGGAAAAAAGCAGCUGCUUGGGUUCUUCAGCAGGCUGUUAGGAAUGUGUUGGUACUGCAUAGGUAUUUGCCUGUCCUGGUGGAUGGGGAAGACUCUUGUCAGUCUGUCUCGUCUUGGGACGAGCCUUUCGGAUUUUUAGAAAGGAAGAGGGAAAUGCUUUUGAACAAGCGCAGUUACAGUGAAUCAGACCUCAGCAAAAUUUCUUUGUUAAAGGACAUAAAAUGUAUUCACAGUUCCAUACUGUUUGGGAAUGGUGGUAAAGUCAGUAAUGGAAUUUUGAAUCAUGUAAAUGAGUAUGAGAACUGUGCACCGGACAGACAGACACACAAUUCAUCCUCAAAUCAUCACCUGAUUAAGCCCAAUGCUGCAAAAAGGGCAAAGUGCACGAUGCAACCGUAUCAGGGAUUCCCAAAAUUCAGCUCCAGUAUAGAGCUCCGUAAAAAUAACACAUGUGCAAAAACAUCAAUUACAUCGAGAGCUGUUGCUAAAGCAAUGUCACAAAAGGAACCUGCAGGCAGCAAAAUCCUGCAAAAAGCCACACUAUUACAGGAGGAGUUGAACGUCAGUGCUUAUGGAUGGGCCACACUGGCCAUAGAGACGAACCCAAAAGUUCUAAGUGCUCUGAUGUGGAUCUGGUUAGACAAACUCAAGGAUCCGGUCCUAAGUGCAGACGAUAUAAAAAAACUGACAAAUGCUUCAGGUCAAAACCCACUAAAAAUGCUCCACAAGUCUCAGCGUAGCACUCUGUGUUGUUUGCUGAGCUGUGUAGCUCAGGUGACGUCUCAAUGUCCACACCUUGAGAACCCGGUCCUGCAGAGGCUUGUCAAGGCACUGACCAGGGUAACAGUUACCUUCCUGAAGAAACUGAAAGCUAUAACACAUUGCUGAAAGUGUUUGAGAACAAAGUAAGAGAUUUGCAGUGUCGCUCACCUUUCCACACAGCCACACGGACGUCAGCAAUCGAGAAGGGAACUUAAAAGUGUUAUUAUGGA